CUCUAGAGGGAGCUGAUUGCGGCCGGGAGCAGCCGGCACCUCUAUGAUCGUCCGAGCCGUGAGGGUCCCUCGGGCCGUGCCGGGACCAGCAGAGGCUGCAUCCGGCCGCCCGGAACGCACUGACGCCUGCUCCUGGAAGCUGGGACCCCCUGGCCCCGAGAGGACCCAUGGCCUCGGCCUGAGUGUGGGCAGGGCGCCGGCAGAUCUGCGCUGGGGCCGGGACGAGGCGAAGAGGGAAACCGAGCCGGGCACAGGAGAGCAGGUGUGAGGCCAGGCUGCCCGUGUCCUCCACUGAGGCCUGAACAAGAUGGCAUCCGGGCAAGGCCCAGGUCCGCCUGGCGAGGGCUGUGGAGAGCCUCCCGAGCCCUCCACUUCCGAGCAGCAGGUAGCCCGGGACACGGAGGAGGUUUUCCGCAGCUACGUUUUCCACCGCCACCGGCAGGAGCAGGAGGCCGAGGGGGCGGCUGCCCCUGCUGACCCAGAGAUGAUCUCCUUGCACCUGGAACCUAACAGCACCAUGGGGCAGGUGGGGCGGCAGCUCGCCAUCAUUGGGGACGACAUCAACCAGCGCUAUGACUCAGAUUUCCAGAACAUGCUAGAGAAGCUGCAGCCCACGGCCGAGAACGCCUACGAGCUGUUCACCAAGAUCGCCUUGAGCCUGUUUGAGAGUGGCAUCAACUGGGGCCGUGUGGUGGCUCUCCUGGCCUUCGGCUACCGCCUGGCCCUGUACAUCUACCGGCGCGGCCUGACCGGCUUCCUGGGCCAGGUGACCCACUUUGUGGCCGACUUCGUGGUGCGUCACUGCAUCGCCCAGUGGAUCGCGCAGAGGGGCGGCUGGGUGGCAGUCCUGAGCUCGCACAACCCCAUCCUGACAGUGCUGGCGGCCCUGGCCGUGGUUGCGUUCUGCCAGUUCGUGGUACGAAGACACUUCAAGUCGUGACUCCUGGGGAGAGGCCCUUUGGGGUUCCCAGCUGAGACCCCUGCCUGGAUUGAAACCACGUCUCCUCCCCUUCCAAUACAGAAGCUUUAGAGAUGGGCCCUCCAGCUUCAGAGGGCCCCUGGCCAGGGGUCAGCUGGGCUAUGGAGGUGCCCCAACAUCGCAUGGUGCUAAUGGGCCCCCUCUCUGGGCCUCAGCCUGCCAGAGAGGGGCUGUGGUCUCCUCCCUCAGCUCUCUGGACGCCCUUAGCCCUGUCUGUAGGGCAACAGGGUGAUGGGGACCCUGGGGAGGCCAGAGGCUGGUAACCACUCCUUCCCAGGAGGCUUUUAAUGGUUUUAGCUUUUUAUAAUACUCUUGAGAGAGUGCCCCUCCCCCCCCACCUCUCUGCCCCAGGUCAGGACAUCUGGGACAGGGUGGUCAGUGGGACUUCCCCUGUCUCCCCCAGGACCCGACCCUCCUGGAAGGUCAGAGCCUGAGAGCCGGGCCGAGGUCCUCCUCAGUUCUCCCCCUGCCCCCACUGCCCCCACCCCACUGUGCCGUGCUAGUUGGACUCUCAGGGAUUCUGAGUGUGGGGGCGGCAGUGCACCCCAGAGUGGCCGGGGUGAGUCCAGAAGGACCUCCAGACCUGCCCUCAGGCCUCAGCUCCUUCCCCUCCCCUUACCAGAAAACUCUCUCCCAAGCCCCCUCCCCCCGUCCCCUGGCGAGCAGGACACAGAGGCCCCUCCUUGUCCAGCCGCUGGGUUCAGCAUUUGGUGUGUCAGUCCAGCGAAGAGGGGCAGGGAGUUCAUCCAGAGGCUUCUGAGUGGGAGGGCCCCACACCCCAGGCAUAAUCCCAGACAAGGGCCCCGGGCACAGUGUAAUCCACGGUGUGGAUGGGGGACUAUGAAUACUUGAACUCUACCCUUCCCCGCCAGCUCCUCACCUGCGAAGACCACUUCUGGGGGCGGGGGUGGGGGGGUGGGGUGCCUCCUCCACCUGCACAGCCUGGGGCCUUGGGGGGGAGGGGAGGUCUUGAAGCCAAAUGCAGGGAAGGGACGCAGAUGGAGCCCCUCUGUGUUUGAAAAUAAAUUGUGCAAU